UUCCGCCCAGCGCGGUUCCGGUUCCGGUGUGCGGACGGGGAGGACAUGGCGGCGCUCGGACGGGUGUCCCGCCUGCUGCUCGGCGCCGCUGCCCCGCGCUCCCCCCCGGCGCGCGGCAUGGCGGCCGCGGCACACGAGGGCGGCGGAGCCCGGAUGUGGAAGACGUUGACCUUCGUGGUGGCGCUGCCCGGCGUGGCCGUGUGCAUGCUGAACUCCUACCUGAACGCACAGCACGGGGAGCACGAGAGGCCCGAGUUUGUGCCCUACACCCACCUUAGGAUCAGGACCAAGCGUUUCCCCUGGGGUGAUGGGAAUAAAACUCUGUUUCACAAUCCCCACACUAACCCUCUUCCAACUGGUUAUGAAGAUUAAAACCAAGAUCCUGACCACAGCCAGAACUUUGGCUCUCCCCAUCUUGAACGAGAAAGUUGAGUGGGAUCCAUCAUUUCAUGGGGUCAUAGUUUCAGAAACUGCAUUUCUUCUGUGAUGAAGCUGAGUGGUGGUGGUCCCCAUGUGUAUUUGUGAUGGGGUCCUUUAAAUAAACAACUCUGGACAUGAA